AUGAAUGGUCUUCAAGUGGCAUCCCUGAGCGUGUCUGUCAAAUCUGCAAAUAACGUCGAGACAACUUAUUGGCGUCUUUCCGGAAACCAAGGACCUAAUUGGCAUCAUGGGCAAGUACCACUUCCGGCUGCGAAGGAAGACUUCCAGAUUGUCAUUGACGGCAGUGUGGGAGGGAAGUUUGGUGAUAUUGCUGUUGAUGAUCUUUACGUGAGGGAGAAAGGGUGUGGCUUUUCGCCAAGAAAAGCUGCUGUCUACGUUCCUACCGUGACGCCCCCGCUUGUCAUAACGACCACAAACCCCCCAAUCAUUUCGGAGGCCCGUGUCUUCCACCAGACGGAAUCCAGAGGUCCGUGUCUAUCACCAGCCGGAAUCCAGAGGCCCAGGUCUCCUACCAGCUGGAAUACUGAGACCCGGGUCUCCCACCAGCCGGAAUCCAGAGACUCAGGUCUCCCACCAGCCGGAAUCCAGAGAGCCGGGUCUCCCACCAGCCGGAAUCUAGAGAGCCGGGUCUCCCACCAGCCGGAAUUCAGAGAGCCGGGUCUCCCACCAGCCGGAAUCCAGAGACCCGGGUCUCCCACCGGACGGAAUCCAGCGGCUGGGACUUGA